AUGGCCCCUACGCUUGUCCCCGUGUCUCAGCCCGUGGUGCUGUGCGGGCCUUCUGGGGCUGGCAAGUCCACGCUGAUCAAAAAGCUCCAGGAUGAAUUUCCGGGGCAGUAUAAUUUUAGCGUUUCUCAUACGACGAGGAGCCCCAGGCCUGGCGAAGUCAACGGCAAGGCAUACCACUUUGUCACCAAGGCCGAGUUUGAGAACCUCAUCAACGAGAAAGGGUUCGCAGAGUACACAACGACCUAUGAUACCUACUACGGAACGUCUCUCCGCGCCAUAAAAGAAGCGUCGACAGAGGGCGGAUCGUGCCUACUCGACAUCGACACGGUCGGAGUGGCCAAUAUCAAAAAACACCACGCCUCGCUCGGAUGUCUCUUCAUCUUCAUCUCGCCCCCGUCCCUGUCCUCGCUCGGCGAUCGCCUGCGCAAACGCGGGACCGAGAACGAGGACACGAUCGUGAAGAGAUUGGCCAAGGCCAAGUCGGAGAUCGAGUAUGCUGCUUCGGGCGCGUUCGAUGUGAUCGUCGUCAAUGACAAUGUCGAUCGCUCUUAUGCACUUUUGCGCAGUGUCAUUCGGGACGGCGUUCGAACGGGCGACAGCCUGCCUGAUGGGAUCUUGGAAGAGACCGCCGUGUCUAUCAACUGA